GUGACAGGAAGUUUGCUCAUGACAAAGAAACGCUGUGAGCUGGCGGUGUAUCCCCGCCUUUGCUAUAUUUGGCGACGUCUGUAUCAUUAUUAAGGCACGUACACUGCCAUGGGAAAGUUCAAAGAGAAUUCACUCUAAAGACAAAGUGACUAUGAAGUGACUCUUUCACUUGAAGGAAUUACGCUUGGGCUACUCAAAGUUUCGAUGUUUUCAUUUUUACAAACAUUCUGGGAACAUACUUGAGUAUGAGUCAUACACCCACACAUGACACUGAAAGUUCACAGAUCCAUUUCACGUCAUAUUAAACCACAAGGGAGCCUCCAGGAAACUUGUGGUGUCUGCAAAGUCUAGCAGUCUCACAGUGACGAAUCAAACUGUGUUUUCUAAGAAAAACUGCAGUUUUGAACACUCAUCCAAGCACUUUCAGACCACCCAGUUGUGAAAAAUUCACAGAAAAGAACAUGUCACAAAGGAAAAGUGCUGUUCUUUUGUCCAUUUGGAUUUGGAUUUGGCUUUGGAAUCAAAGUUUCAGCACAGCAACUUUCAAUGUUACGAGGACAGACAGAGACUACUUCUCCGUGCAGACAGUAGAUGGGGAGCGAUGCCCAGCUGGGGUGGAUGAUUUCUGCUUAUCGAGGGAUGCGCGGGGAGCCCACGUGUUUACGGACGUUGACGGGAACAGGUCGUGUGCGUGUAUGUGUAAGAACAGAGACACCUACAUGUCAGAUGUCAGGAGAUGUUCCCGCGCUGUAGAAGAGUGUAAACUCCAGUUUGAAGUUGGGGAUGGAGAACAGAUCUACAUCAUGCAGGACCCACCAGAGGGUCGUCAGCAGCACAACUACGUCCUGGACUGGGACGAGGUGGACUGGACUAACGAUGGCUAUGGUCCAGGCAGGGACUGGACAUGCUCCGUGUCCUCUCAGAGGUUUCUGGAAGACGGGAGGUGGAGGCCCUUCUCAUGUCUUGGAGAAGGAGUUGAGGAUGAUUUUGUUAAAGUUAACAGACCUAGACCUGGAAGGGCAUGGUUUCUUGUGUUCCAGUUUGGACCGUACCAUUCACAAUUUGGGGGCCUGCUCAUAAAGGUGGAAAUCAACUGCCAUAACCCAGACCGGGGCAAAGGGCGGGAAGGUGAGGAAACAGACGACCAGGAGCCAGACACGACUUGUAUCGUGUUUAAAACCAGAGGAACGCGUCUCCAUAUACCAGGUACCCCCUGUGAAACAGAUGUUGAACCGACCCACCCCCCAACACCGCCCCCGACCCACACUACUGUAACCCGAGAAGGCCCUCAGCCAACCGAGAAGGGUUCACCUGUGUUUACUCCAACUUUUCUGUACACAACCAGGACACAGCAAUCUCUGUCAACAGAAACGGUCACAUUGUCAAACACCACAGGAAUGAUGAUGGCAUCAGAUGACACAGGUAACAACUCUGGGCUGAUUGCUGGUACAGUGAUAGGAGUUCUACUGGCUGCUGUGUUGUCACUUGGAGUUGUGAUCUUGGUUUACCGUCGGAAGAAACGGAAAAGAUUUUCCAAACUGGAUACAAGACAGAGCCACAACAGGAUCAACACCAGUCGUGUGGAGAACCCGAGCUACGAGGACGCCAUAUUUCAGAACGGGCGGACCAGCGUGCUGUCCGAGGGACUCCUGCACAGCGUGGAACACAAUGACGAUGAUCACAGUGAGGAGGGCAAUGUGGAAAAUGAGAUUUAUGAAGGGGUACGUAACGGAUUGCCUGACAACCCCUAUGAUGAACCCCUGGAUAAUGCCGAUGACUCCCAGAGGGUUGAACAGGGUCGGCCACUCAACAUCUCAGGUCCACAGAUCUCACGAUUCAGCAUUCCGAGAGAGGACGUGUACAUUCCUAUUGGAGGACAUCUCAAUACCGUUUCUUCACAUGUGCCUACACAUAUCGAUUUGCCUGUAACAGCGAAUAGAAACACAUCGAACAGCAAUGGUUAUCAGAGCUUGAACAGGCCAUUGGUUGAGACUGACCAGCCGCCAAGCUCGCCUGUUUACGCCACGCCAGAUGUUGGUCACGUGUACACGUCUCUGAGCCCCCCGUUACAUAACCAUGGUUACACUGAACCAACAGUCCCUCCGUACCUGCUACCAGACAUUACGCGUAACCCGCCAUCACAGAACCAUGGUUACGAUGAACCAAACAUCGUUUCUCCAUACGCGCUUCCUGAUAUUUCCACCCCCAACCAGGGAUCAGACUACCAGACCCCCAAACCACAGAACCAUUAUGAAAGUCUUGAAGAUCAGGAUGGAUCCAGUUUGAAAGGCAACUCUGAAACCUCCUUUGAUCAUCCCUACACAGUGUUGCAAGGACCUGACUCCCCAACCACUGCUGCUCCAAAUGUGGGGCUAACUUUCUCCCAAACAGAUGUAGCAUCACACUCGAGUUAGUGAUUGGGUUCUGGCUGGACCAGAUACAUGUAUUUAAGAACAAGUGCUUUUGAACAAAGCUUUGACAAGUAGAAAUAGCUUGUCCUGAAGAGUGGCAAAAGGAUAUGAAUUUUUUUAAUAAAGUACAAAGGUGCCUUUAUUGCAAAGAUAUAUCCAAGUCAACAUUCCUUGUUAUCUUUAAAAUUGAGAAACUGCCAAUAUGUAACGUUACCUGACAAACAUGCAACGUUAUAGAAAUGUUGUUCCCAGAAUACAUGUAUAUGGAAACCAUGUGUAUGGUAAACUCACCAUGUAAUCUGAAAAGUUCUGUAAAGUGUGAGGUUUUGUAACAUAAGUAUGUAACGUUACAUGUAACUCUAUAUUAUUAUGUCAUCAUAUAUUGUUUCCUUAGAUUUUUUGUUUCAAGCACUAUCCAUUGUUCUGCAGUCACAAAAUCGUAAUGAGACAUAGUCAAGAGAUAUUUUAGUUACGAAGUUUGUAUCCAUAUUUAUUUACUAGUAAGUUAUCUAUAUGUAUUUAACAGUUGAUGUUGUUGCUAGUCACUUUAGUAAACAGUUGGAGCAAUAAAUACAGUUCCAGAGAUCAAAUACAAA